AUGCAGGGGUUCAACAUGGGACGCUAUGUCCCUCCCGAACUGGAGGGCACCAUGUCAGCCAAUAAAGUUGCAGGCAAACAUGCUCUGGGCAAAAGGGCGAACAAGAUCAAAGAAGGCAUCUUGACUGUACGCUUUGAGAUGCCCUACGCAGUUUGGUGCAAUCACUGUCCCAAACCGACAAUCAUAGGCCAAGGUGUGCGAUUCAACGCCGAGAAGAAGAAAGUCGGCAACUACUAUAGCACGCCUAUAUGGUCCUUUCGCAUGAAACAUCCCGCUUGCGGAGGCUGGAUCGAGAUACAUACGGAUCCCAAGAACACGGCGUAUGUGGUCAAAGAAGGCGGCAAGGCCAGAGAUACUGGAGAAGAUCGCGUAAGAGAAGGAGAAGAUGGCGUGCCGAUUCUCUCAGCAGAGGAAAGGGAGCGUAGAAGGCAGGACGCUUUUGCUGUUCUUGAGGAUAAGAAGCAGGACAAGGUACAGGAGAAAGAGCAAGGCAAACGCAUUAUUGAGCUGCAGGAAAUACGAGAUCAACACUGGGACGAUCCAUAUGAGGCCAACAAGCGUCUGAGGAGAACGUUCAGAGCAGAACGCAAGGUCAGGGAAAAAGAGUAUGACUAUUCGGAGAAGCUUAGGGACAAGAUGGGACUGGACGUCGAACUAAUGCCAGAGAAUGAUGAAGACAGAAGACAUGCUACUCUGAUCGACUUCGGUGGCCUUGCGGAUGAAGACAUCGACGCCGAGACGACGAGGGUGACUUCACGGCCAUUAUUCCGCCAAGACACAAAGCGCGAGGCAGCUCCAGUCAAAGCCAAAACCUCGCAUAAGACCAAAGCAGUUGCUGAAGUCGAACGUCGGAAGAAUGCAUUGCAGCAGGAAGUCCGCGACAACUCGCGUGCUGCAGCAGACCCGUUUCUGUCUUUCGGCAAUACAGAUUCUCGUACCUUCCGCCCGAUAGCUGGCAUCAAGAGGAAGGUGGAAAGCAAUACUCCAGAACAGCAAAGCCAUAUAGACGGGAAGCAGCAGAAAGGUACGGAGGAGAAUGAGAAAGAGGGUCUCGAGACUGAGAAAGCGCAACCAAAAUCCGCACUUUCCCUGGUUGCUUACGACUCCGAUUAG